AUGUCCUCACAACUAGAUAAAGCUAUAGAGAUCGUUCAGAAGGCCAUUGACGAGGACACUAAGCACAACUAUGCCGAGGCCUACAAGCACUACCAAAACUCCCUGGACUACUUCAUGCUAGCGCUCAAAUAUGAGAAGAACGAAAAGUCAAAGCAAUUGAUCAGGACAAAGAUCGAGGAGUACCUAGCGCGUGCAGAGACUUUGAAGAACCACCUCAUGACGGAGAAGCGCGGGAAGAGUGCCGUUGGUGUGAAUGGGAGCGACGGUGCCACCGGAGGCAAAUCGAAAGAAGAUGACGUCGAGGAUGCAGAGACGAAGAAGCUGCGUGCUGGUUUAGAGAGCGCCAUCCUCUCCGAGAAGCCAAACGUGAAAUGGGACGAUGUCGCCGGUCUUGAAGGCGCAAAGGCUUCGUUGAAAGAAGCAGUCAUUCUACCGAUCAAGUUCCCGCAGCUCUUCACUGGCAAGCGGACGCCAUGGAAGGGAAUCCUGCUGUAUGGCCCACCAGGGACUGGAAAGUCGUAUCUUGCGAAAGCGGUUGCCACCGAAGCGAAGAGCACAUUCUUCAGCGUCAGUUCUUCGGAUCUGGUUAGCAAGUGGCAAGGAGAUUCGGAAAGGUUGGUGAAGAAUCUAUUCCAACUCGCCCGCGAAUCAAAGCCGGCCAUUAUCUUCGUUGACGAAAUCGAUUCUUUGACCGGAACGCGAAACGAGUCGGAGUCGGAGGGAUCUCGGCGGAUAAAGACGGAGUUUCUGGUGCAGAUGAACGGUGUAGGACAUGACGAUACUGGAGUUCUCGUGCUAGGCGCGACUAACAUCCCCUGGCAACUAGAUAACGCUAUCAAGCGACGAUUCGAAAAGCGCAUAUACAUUCCCCUCCCCGGGCCAGAAGCCCGCCGACGUAUGUUCGAGAUUCACAUUGAUGAUACACCCUGCCAGCUUUCGCCCAAGGACUUCCGAAUGCUCGCCGACCGGACGGACGGGUUCUCAGGGUCCGAUAUCUCCAUCGUUGUGCGCGACGCCCUCAUGCAGCCCGUGCGCAAGGUCAUCUCUGCAACGCACUUCAAGCCAGUGGUCGACCCCGAGAGUGGCGUGAACAAGUGGACACCGUGCUCGCCUGGGGACCCAGAGGCGGUCGAGAAGACGUGGACGGACAUCGAUAGCGAAGAGCUGUUUGAGCCGCCGUUGAAGCUCGCGGACUUUAUGAAGUCGCUGGAUGCCACGCGCCCGACGGUCACAGAGGCAGAUAUCAAGCGUCAUGAGGAUUGGACGAAGGAAUCUGGGCACGACGGUGCAUAA